AUGUCGACGUGGGGAGAACACUUUCGGGUCACCACUUAUGGUGAAUCCCACUGCCGCUCCGUCGGCUGCAUCGUCGAUGGCUGCCCUCCAGGCAUGGAGCUCACAGAAGAGGACAUUCAGCCUCAGAUGACUCGCAGACGUCCUGGCCAGAGUGCCUUGACGACCCCCAGAGAUGAGAAGGACCGUGUAGAAAUUCAGUCCGGAACAGAGUUCGGUGUCACCCUGGGUACCCCGAUUGGAAUGAUGGUUCGCAACGAGGAUCAGAGACCCAAGGACUACGGCGGCAGCACAAUGGACCUGUUCCCCCGUCCCAGCCACGCUGACUACACCUACCUGGAGAAAUACGGCGUCAAGGCCAGCAGUGGUGGUGGCCGGAGUAGUGCGCGUGAGACAAUCGGCCGUGUCGCUGCCGGAGCCAUCGCUGAGAAGUACCUUCGCCUCUCCCACGGUGUCGAGAUCGUCGCCUUCGUCUCCUCCGUGGGCAGCGAGCAUCUAUUCCCCCCAACCCCCGAACAUCCUUCCCCAUCGACAAACCCCGAGUUCCUGAAACUCGUCGAGACCAUUGACCGCAAGACGGUCGACGCCUUUGUGCCCACGCGCUGCCCCGACGAGGCUGCCGCCGCGCGCAUGACCAAGGUGAUCGAGACCUUCCGCGAUAACCACGACAGCAUCGGCGGCACCGUCACCUGCGUGAUCCGCAACGUUCCCGUCGGGCUGGGCGAGCCGUGCUUCGACAAACUCGAGGCCAAGCUGGCGCACGCCAUGCUCAGCAUCCCCGCCACCAAGGGCUUCGAGAUCGGCUCCGGAUUCGGCGGCUGCGAGGUGCCCGGCUCCAUCCACAACGACCCCUUCAUCGUCUCUGAGGUCGCCGGCCCCUCCGGCACCACCCAGCGCCUCACCACCAAGACCAACAACUCCGGCGGCAUCCAGGGUGGCAUCUCCAACGGCGCUUCCAUCUACUUCCGCGUCGGGUUCAAGCCCGCCGCCACCAUCGGCCAGGCCCAGACCACCGCCUCCUACAGCUUCGAGGAGGGUGUCCUCGAGGCAAAGGGCCGCCACGACCCUUGCGUCACCCCGCGUGCCGUUCCCAUCGUCGAGGCUAUGUCCGCCCUCGUCGUCAUGGAUGCCCUCAUGGCCCAGUAUGCCCGCGAGAGCGCAAAGAAUCUGCUGCCUCCGCUGCCCAAGACCCUCCCCACCAGGCCUACACUUGGCUCCGGCACUGCUGCCUCAUCAUAG